CCUCGCUGGGCCAGGUGUCGGUCAAAGCCGGAUUUACAAGCUGACUCGCUCUUUCGCCCACAUCGCUGUGCAACCUUUAUAGCAACAAUUAAAGUGGGACUGGGAGGCCAAGGCGAAGACUCGCUCUUGAAAAGACGUGACCGAAGCUUGCAGCGACAGAAGAUGCACCGGCCAGGUCACAAGAGCUGAUUAACCAAUCUCCGGGAGAGCAGAAAGAGGGAGCGCCCCCCACCGAAAGCGUGGGAAAGGCCGCUGGGAAGGAACGAAGGGAAAUGCUGCUCUCGUGGGGCGGCACGCUGAACUCAAGCCCCACGACAAGUUCCAGGCCUGUGCGUUCGAAUUUGAGUGCGGGACACAGAGAGGAGACUAACAGUCUCUGAGCGUCUCCCGGCCCGGAGGUUUCCAGGGCCUUGCACUUCGCGGUCUCUCCCUUUACUCCUGGGACCCUUGCUGCUCUUGGGGACUGAGGGUGAAGUGACCAGCAAGGCGGGGCGUCUGCCAAUAUAAAAGCAGGAGUGUGUGGGCCACGGGCGUGUGUGUUCUCACGUAGAAGUUGGCCUGCUCCUAGCAAUCUGACUUACGCAAGGGGCUUAAUUUCUCCCGGCCGUCGUUUUUCCGCCUGUAAACCCGAGCAAAACAAAGAUCCCACUUAGGACUAAGUCGCGGUGCUUGAGGAGGGUGGAGCGGAGCGCGUAGAAGGCGGAUAAACAAAUCGCUUCUGCAGCAGGUGGCGGAGGGGACGACAGACCCCGCCCCCCUCUUCCUGCUCCGCGCUCAUUGGCCCUUCAGGGGGCGGGGCCUGUCCUGGGGGCGGGGCCAGAGCGCCCCUUGUCCACCCGCGGCCCAGGCCCGGCCGGGAUUCUCGCCGUAGGCACAGCCAUGGCCGGCCGCGCUCUCGGGUCUGCGCGCGCGCUGCUCGCCGCCCUGCUGGCGCUGGCGCUGUGGGCGCUGCUGGUGUCGCCGGCGCGGGGCCGCGGCGGCCGGGACCACGGGGACUGGGAUCUGGCCAAGCUGCUGCCGCCGCUGCCGCCCCGCGAGGACGCGGCGCGCGUGGCCCGCUUCGUGACGCACCUCUGCGACUGGGGCGCGCUGGGCACCAUCUCCACGCUGGAGGCGGUGCGUGGCCAGGCCUUCGCCGACGUGCUCUCGCUCAGCGACGGGGUCCCCGGAGGGAGCACCGGCGUGCCCUACUUCUACCUGAGCCCGCUGCAGCUCACCGUGGGCAACCUGCAGGAGAAUCCCCACGCCACGCUGCUCCUGUCUUUGGCACAGACGAAUUUCUGCAAGAAAAAGGGGUUUGAUCCCCAAAGUCCCCUUUGUGUCCACAUCAUGCUGUCCGGAUCUGUGAUGAAGGUGAAUGAAACAGAAAUGGACUUUGCAAAGCUCUCACUAUUCACGCGGCACCCGGAGAUGGAGACCUGGCCUUCCAGCCAUAACUGGUUCUUUGCCAAGUUGAACAUAACCAAUAUUUGGGUCCUGGACUACUUUGGUGGGCCUAAAAUCGUGACACCUGAGGAAUAUUACAAUGUCACCUUUCAGUGAAGCAGAGGACGGCGAGUUUAAGCCCCUGUGCUGAUUCUGGGGCUGGCUCUUACAUACCAGAAGGGCUUCUGGUCUACCUGGACAGUUUCCUCCGAGUAUUAGCCGGCUUUCCAUCAUGCACUGGUUUGCUUGCUUGCUUAUUUCCAGAGGAGUUGGCCCGCGACUGAAUUUCCUGGGGGAUGUGGCUGCUGGAAGUUUUUCGCACAUCGAAGGCAUUUUCACAGAGAAAAAGAGCUGAUUCUAAUAAAAGAAGUGUUUGGCCAGUUCCAGUGGUUUUCCCAGUGGUGCUGCAGGAAGGGGAGCAGGUGCCGGGUUUAGAGUGUGCCCUGGCGUCGGAGGGCCCGGGCCGUGUCCUUUACGCUGGAAGCCGCUGUGCUGGGGACAGUGGUGUCUCCUCCACCACAGCCUCCUGGACCGCCUGGGCUCCCGUAACAGCGUUCCUUGGCGACAGUCUCGCCAGAGCAGACCGUGAGGAAACAUCAGCAGGGUCUCCUCCCGAUCCCGGGCAUUGCUGAUCCCCCACAGGGCGAAACCACAUCCUACACAGAACUGUAAGAAAGCUUUUCCUUGCUAAGCGACACUUGGAACAACAACAACAAAAGUUCACGCACCCUUUCCUUCAUUUGAUUUCCCCAACCUAAGUGGACGCCAUGUAAUCAGACUCCUCCACUGGAAACACAGGUGCCCAUACAUGGUACUAUUGUGAUGCUCCACAUAGGGGUUGCGGAAGAGAGAGGAGAGGCUGCCCGUGUGUUCCCAGUGUCCUUUGAUCAGUGGCGCUCACCGGGGCAGGAACCAGCUUCAGCCCAAGCCCCCUCCGCAGCCACGCCCCCUGGGUAACACUGCUGCUCCUAUCCCAGUACUGCUACCUAGAUCAGCUCAUCAGGACAGGAACACGGCACUUAAAAAGCAUUGUAGUUCUGCAGAGGAAGACACUGUUUAGUGUUGUUACCUAUGUCAGUGAUUCCUCUGAAGGAGGUGUGGCAGGAACCAAGCCAUUGAAUCCUUAAAUGGCCCAAGGAAAGAACCCGCCUCUGAGCCAUUGUGUUUGGCAGCUGCAGAAUGAACUGAAAUCCAGCAAACAGCUUCUGUUUCAGAAAAGUAAUGUCUUUUAAACUUAGUAAAAUAGACUCGCUCUAAGCACCAGUGAUUAAAAGCAACAUUUCCAUGAAA